AUGUAUGAAUUAUCCUAAUAUAAAGACUAUAAAGUAUAUUUAUUAUUGAGAAAUUAUGCUCCAAAAAUGAGGACUGAUAAGAAAUACGAAUUGAUUGAGAAAGUUAAUGUUCUUAAUUUUGGAUUACAUCAUGUGACGACUUUUGUUUAAACAAAUAAGUCAAAAUAAGUCCUAAUUGUUUAUGAUGUUGAUCCAAUCAAAUUAGCUAAAGUUCCAUUAGAAUUCAUUAAAAAUAAGCAAAUAUUAGGAGGAUUUAUUCAUUCAAAGACAGCCAUUUUUAUAGCCUUGAUUAAAGACAGAAAAGAGGAUCAAGUUUAAUUCGAUAAUGUAGAAAAGAAUUCAAUUUAAAUUAUUUUAAAAGGCUCGAGAUUUAAGAUAACAUCAUAAUGA